UUAGAUUUAGUAGUCACGUCUAAGAGGCAUGACAAAAACUUUUCAAAACCUCUUGAUACUUUUUCUAAUAGGAGUAUCAAAUGGAUCUAUUUCCUCGCUUUUACCAUCUGGUGAUCAAGAUUUGGUUGUAGCAAGAAUUAAUCAUUUUAGAAGAAAUGCAGGAUCAUCUGAUAUGCAAAAAAUUGCCUGGGAUGGAGAUUUAGCAAGUUCCGCUCAAGAACAAGCCAACCGUUGUUCUGAAAUACAAGAUUCAAAAGUAUUUGCCUUUUCUUCAAUUUCUUCAGUUGAAAAUGCUGUGAAGGCAUGGUUUGAUGAAAAAGGAAAUUUUGAUGGAAAUUCUUGCAAUUGCCGAGUAGGAGCAAAAUGUCAAAAUUAUAUUAAAGUUACAACAGCAAAAACCGUAAAAGUUGGCUGUGGUAGACAAACAUGCUCUAAUUUAUAUGAAGAUAGCACAAGAACCUCAGUCAUAAAGAAUAAUGUCGAGUUUCUUGUUUGUAAAUUUGAAAAACCAGCUAUAGAGAAUAAUUGUCCCUUUAAAAAGGGAAAAGAAUGCUCAGAAUGUCCAAGCGGAAGGGAGAGAUGCGUUGAGAAGUUAUGUCAAGCGUCCUGCGCAAAAGGAGAAGAGGGUGAAGGCUGCCACAUCGAACCAAAAGUUACACAUAUUCAACCGCAAAAAGGUUCUUUAAAUGGUGGAACACGAAUUACGAUUUUUGGAAAAGGGUUUUCCCAGGAUCGAUUCAAUUUUGGUGCAAAUAGAGAAUCGUUAGGUAAUAAAGUGACUCUAAUAUCUGCAGUGGGAAGCCAUACUUGCGAUAUUCAUAUUGAUGGCUGUACCGAAUUUCAAAUUACUUGCUAUACUAGAAAAAUGCCCGCCGGAAGUUAUUUUGUACGUAUCGAGGUUGAUGGAAAAGCAGUAACUGAUGAAAAUCACUGUGGAGAUGCUGAUGCUUCAGACUGCAAAUUUACAACUCUUCAAGAUAAAACACCAACAAUAGAGUCAAUAGAGAGACAUACACAAACACCUCGUCAAUUUAUUAAGAUGAGAGGUGUCAUUGGUACAGCUUAUAGAGGAAGUACUAUACUUACCGAGAAUAGUACAAAUGGCGAAACCGAUAGAUUUACUAGAAUGUGGGCAUGCGGGCGCGAAUGUAUUAUGGAAAAUGAAAACGGCGAUGUCCAUAAAUUAGAAUUAGAUGGUGAUGGAACAGGCAAAUAUGGCUCGGUUUGGUGUGAACACCAAGGGAAUUUUGUCGGACUUUGUAAUGUAAGUUCACUGAUUGAAGGAAGUUGGGGAAGAUCUCUAACCAAGACACACUUGUUGAGGGUUUCUCAUGAUGAUAGAAUUUAUACUCUUCAAACCUAUGCUGUAAUAGAGAGUAUCUCCCCAAAUGAGGGAUCUGAAUCGGGUUCAACCUAUAUUACUAUAUCUGGAAACUAUUUUGAUCCAAAAACAUCAAGUGUUAAAGUUAGUGAUGAAAAUUGUGCCAUCGUUAGCAUUACUAAUAAUGAGAUUAUUUGUAAAACGUCACCAAAACCUGCUUCCUUACCAUCUAAAUUCCCCGGAAAUCGGGGUCUACUCAGAAGCACUUGGGAAGGAGAAAAUAAAAAUUUUGCUAAUUUAGAUGAUAUAGACUCUCUCUCAAACCCAACAUAUACCAACUGGACAGAUGAAACUUAUUAUAAAGAAAUUGAAAAAAAUACAUAUGUUACUAAAACGGUUGGUUAUUUCAUAGCCCCUGCAGACUCUGACUAUGUUCUCAAAGCCAAAGGGGACGAUUUUCUUAAAGUUUAUCUUAGUAAAGAUGACACAGAUCCUUCAUCCCUGGAAUUAAUGUCCCAAGUUGUGACAGCAACAGACAGUUUCAAUACAAAUCCAGAGCAAAUUAGCUCGAAAUUUACAUUAGAGAAGGGUAAAGCUUACGCUAUCAAAAUAGUUCAUGCCGAAGGCAGUUCAGCGGCUAAAAUUGCUGUUGGAAUUCACUCUAUGAGUACGGUUUUUAACGAAGGUCAAAAUGCCUGGGCAAAAGACGAAGUCCAAAUUAUAAAAACAACAAGUACUGUCCGACCCGAAAUACAGACAUUAGAUAUGUCUAGUUUCCCAGCUUCUCAAACUGCAACUUCCGAAGUUCAAUCUUGUGUAAUUGACAUAUCAUCCGAAGAAAUUCCUUUCAGAUUAAAGUACAAUAAUUUACCAACAGAACUUUUAUCAAAGCUCUCAACUGCAAACGAUGUGAAAAAUAAACUUAAGAAAUUGUCGACAAUUGCAGCCGAAAAUAUAAAUCUUGAUGUAACUGUUGCUAGUGACGCUACCACGUUUACUAUAACUGUCACAUUUAAUUCUGAAUUGGGUUCUCAUCCACAAUUGGAAUUGGUCACGGCACCGGAGUAUUCAGGAAAUGUAUCAAUGGUUGUAACAAAAACAACAGCGGGAGUAUCAGGAAAUGAAAAAUUUAGAUUACAAUAUGCCGAUCAAGUGUCUCCUGUAAUACCUGUUGGAGCGAACGCAGAGAAGGUUAAAGAGGCCGUUGAAACUCUAUUUUCUGUUAAAUGUUCCAAGAAACUUACAGAAAAUUCAGCCUUAGAAUUUGAUGAGUUUGAAAGUUCAAGUGAGUCAGCUGAAGUCGUACCAUUUUGUGGCAGACGAUCUAGAAAGAACCCCUAUAUAUUAUUUUCUUCGACAAAAAGACCUAUAUCAAUUAACAGCAAUCCUAUUUUCUGUACUGCUUAUAAAGGAAACUUUUUAUCAAGACUUCAGGUUAAAUACAUUUACCCAGACAAUGGUAAAUCCUCAACACGAUUUAGAAAUAUAAAAUUUGAUUUGAGUGAUAAUAGCGGAAAUUGGAACUAUAAUUGCGUAAACAUAUUAGAGUAUCUUAAGGCUAGACACAUUGGCGUCACUAUAUUUAGAGCGCAGCUAAUUCGCAUUAAUCCUAUGGAUUCUGAAUCAUAUAUUGAUAUUCCUUAUCUUGGUCCAGAAAAACCAGCUGGUGAAGAAAAUCCUACAAAUUUAAGAGGAGUUCCAGCCUUCGUUGCUGAUGAAGUAACAGUCAAUGAAACUGCUUCAGGAAUUUACGAGAUAUCAAUUAUGCCUCGCAAUUGCUUCAAUAAUUUACAAUUAUUAUCUGUGGCCAGCGCAGCCCCUGCAGAUUUCACAGUUACACAGGAACAAGCUGCUGGCGUUCCUCCCUCAGGUGAAUUCACAAUCAGCUGGGAUGGAAAGACCACAGUUGUUAAGGCUGACUACACUGAAAGAGAAAUGAAUGAUCAAUUAGAAACUUUAAGUGGUAUUCAAGAUGUAAAAGUUACAAGAACAGGCAAAUGUAGUGGCUACGAAUGGAGAGUACAAUUCCUUACUUAUCAUGGAGAUGCCCCAGAUAUGACUAUAUCGGACCAUUCAAGUUUACAAGGUACGGACGCAGCUGCUAGUAUAGUACAGGGAAGGAAUGGAGGUAUUUUUUACUACCCUAUCCCAGGUGAUAUGCUUAGGACAAUGCAUGAUCUACCUCAAGUGACAGUCGAUGUGAAUAAUGUUCCUUCAAGAUGUGCAGGAAAUUGCGACUUUCAAUGGAGUAGCGCGAUAAAUCCAACAGCUUCGGGUAUUACUCCCACAACAGGCACAUCCGGAACAGCAGUUACCAUUGCUGGCACUGGUUUUUCAACCACUCCAUCUAUGAAUGUCGUCCUCAUUGGUGAUUCAGAAUGCUCUAUCACAACAUCAACAGAAACCGAGAUACAGUGUACAGUAGCUGAUGGUGCACUUGGUAGCCAAGAUGUUCAAGUUAUUGUUAAAGAUAAAGGCCUUGCGACUUCAUCUAUGAUCUUUGAUUAUACUGCAGCUGUUUCAAGUAUUUCUCCUACAAGUGGAAGUAUCGGUGGAGGUUUAGUAUUGACUGUCACCGGAAAAGGCUUUCAAGAUGGAGACAUUGUUAAAAUAGGAGCAGUAGAAUGUCCUGGUAUAGCCUUGACUUUCUCGACAAUAACGUGUAAAGUACCUGCCAGAGCUGCAGGAGCUGGCCAGGAAACUGUUACAGUGGAAAAUAGUGGCUCUCCAAUAACAGGUAGCGCAACUUUCGACUAUACUGAAGCCGAUUCAAUAUUAAUAACUGCCAUUGACCUAACACAGGCAAAUGCCUUUGGAGGCGAAGAGGUUACAAUUGAUUCAACAGUUGGACCCUUUGGAUUCAAUCCUCGUAAAGUUUUCGUAGGAGAUCAUGAAACAACAAUAUUAAAGUAUUCGAACACACAAAUUAAAAUUAGAUUACCAUCUUUACCAAAUGGAGAGCAUACUUUAUAUAUUCGAGGUGCACAUGGAUAUGCUAUUUUAGAUGCCACUAAAGCUCUUCCAAAAAUAACAGUGCAGUUUGAAGUUACAGCAGUUUCGACAGAUAAAUGCUCCAGCUAUGGUGGUUGUAGAAUAACUUUAACUGGAGUAGGCUUUAAUACUGAUUGCUCAAAGAAUAAGAUUACAUAUGAGGAUUCAGUAUGCAAACCGACAUCUUGUUCUGACACUUCUGUGGAGUGUACUUUAGAAUAUGCUGCAUUUGUUCAUAGAAUAACUAAUAAUGGUAUCAAUCCUGCUCUGGGUAAGAAAUUUGCCUGGGACCCAAAAAAUAUUGAAAUUAUGAUGGGUGAUAUCAUUUCUUGGUCUUGGGAUCCACCAAAAUUUGUCAGAAAAGUCAAUUAUAGAGUUGCUGAAACUGAAACGGACACAAGCUCAGUCCCAAAAGUUGGAGGUUUUUCAAGCGGACCAAAUGGAAGUCCUACUGGAUCCUAUAGAAAGCACUUUCCCACUGUUGGAAAUUAUAAAUACUUCUCCGGUUACGUUGAUGAAGAAGGAACUAUUGCUUUUAGAGGAUGGGUGAACGUAGUUGCAAGAGAACCUUUUGUUUUAUAUCUUUCUUUUUAUCAAGGAUCUGCGGAAGCCACAUAUACAUUAGGUGGAGCUGGAAAAAGAAAGAAGAGAUCAGCUUGUUCAGUAAAAUCCUGUUCUGAUCCUGACCCGACAGUAUCUGAUGCAACAAAAUUUCCUUUGAAAAUGUUAACGUGCUUAGAUAGUGAAAUUGAUAGCAUAACUCCAUCUGAAGGUACAGCCGCAGAUACGUUAACCAUAACUGGAAGCGGAUUCGGCACAACUGAUUCCUGCGUAACUGUAGAAGUCGGACAAAAGACUUGUACAGUCAAAUCCAUUACUGAUACACAGAUAACAUGUAUUAUAGAUCCUGGAAACGAUAUGAAAAUUGGUGAACAGCAUUAUGUUAGAGUUUACGUUCAUGAAAAUGGCUAUUCGCAAAAUAAGCAAGAUUAUACUUUCUCCUACUCGCUUAGUCCACACAUUGCCUCUAUAACACCUACAUCUGGUUCACUUGCUGGAAAUAAUAAAAUAACAAUUACGGGAGCCGGGUUUACAACAGACACUGUUGAAGUAAAACUCGGCCUAGUCACUUGUGAAAUAGAAUCUGUCUCAUAUACAGAAAUUGUAUGUAUUUCACCUCUUAAAGCCUCAGCAUCGACUGAGACAGUAUCGGUAACUGUUGGAGGAUUUCCAGCUAUUUGCAAAGCAAGUGGAGACGUAUGCACCUACGAAUACUCGGCAGCUUCAACUCCAGAAAUAACGGCCAUAAAUCCUACAUCUGGAGGAGCAUCAACUACAAUAACUAUUACUGGUUCUAAUUUCGGUACAAAUAAAGAUGAUCUAUCUCUAAAAGUUGGGGAAGCUGAUUGUAUUCCAAAAGAUGGUUUAACUGAUACUCAGGUUGAAUGUGAUUUAGCUGCUUCAGCAGUAGGAGCAAACUCUUUGGCUCUUGAAAAAGUAAAUGCUGGCUCUGCUAUUGUCGGAAACAGUGUAAGUUUCAGUGGAACGCCAACUUUGGAUUCGGUAAAUCCGACAACUGGCUCUGCAAAUGGAGGAACCAUAAUAACCCUUAUAGGAAAUGGAUUUUCAGCUGAUAUUUCAAUAAGAAUUGCUGGUCAAGAUUGUGUCUUAAAAUCUAGAACUCUUUCAAGAGUGACUUGUGUUACCCCUCCCUUCAUUGCGAUGACAGUUACAAUCAAAAUAACAAGCGGAUCAACAGAAUUUCCAGAUAUAAACUAUGAGUAUACAGAUUUGGCUACCCCAAUCGUCUCGUCAAUAAAUCCAACAACUGGAACUGGAGGAGAUGCCCUGACAAUAACUGGGAGUGACUUUAAUACAGAUGCAGCUACAAACGCAGUUACAGUUGGUGGAUUAGCUUGUCCAAUUACUGGAACACCAACAGCAACAGAAAUUAUAUGCACAGUUGAUGCAAGUUUAGGUGGAGGAAGUCAUCCUGUCAAAGUUGAUGUUGACGGAAAAGGUCUUGCAACCAGUUCAGCUUCUUUUGUAAUUACGUUUGAGAUAACAGGAAUCGUACCAGCAGAUGGAAGUCUUGCUGGCGGUCAAACUUUGACUAUUAAUGGUGCUGGUUUCAAAUCAAGUGACAUAGUUACUAUUUGUAACCAACCAUGCCCCAUUGAAGCAUCAUCAAGCAGUCAAAUUACUUGUAUAACACCUCCCUCUUCCACAGCUCAAACAUGUCAGGUUGUUGUAAACUCAGGAGCUAGCCAAAUACAAGAUAACUAUGACUACUCAUCGGCAAAAACUCCUACAAUUUCAAACGUUCAACCAAAAAGAGGAGGAACAGCGGGUGGAACAUCUGUAACUAUAUCUGGCACCGGCUUUGGAACAGUAUCGGGUGAUGUUACAGUUUCAAUGAAUGGAAUUGAAUGGACAGUUGAUAACGUGACUGAUACUGAAGUAAUUUGUCGAACUGCAGCUGUUGAUAAGCCUGUUGGUCCAGAAAGAACAGGUCGAAAUAAAAUAAGAUUGUUGAUUUCUGCUAAAGGAAUUGCAGAUCAAACGAAUGCCGAUUUCGAAUUUAUUGAUGUUUGGUCAAGCACAUUUACUUGGGGAGGAGCUGAUCCUCCAGAAGAAGGUACUUUAGUUGUUAUCCCAGCAGGUCAAACUAUUUUGCUUGAUCAAUCAACACCUAAGCUAAAGAUGCUUCUUAUUCAAGGUGGCAGUGUAAUUUUUGACGAAGUUGACUUAGAACUGAAAGCAGAGAAUAUUCUCAUCACUGAUGGUGGUUUGCUACAAGUUGGUACUGAAGAAGAGCCUUUCCAACACAAAGCCAUUAUUACAAUGUAUGGUUUUGUUAGGAGUCCAGAAUUACCAAUUUAUGGUGCAAAAACUUUGGCUCUAAGAGAUGGCAGUCUAGAGUUGCAUGGCAAAAAAGUUAAGCCAUGGACAGUUCUUGAACAAAAUGCAGCAGCCGGAUCUAGUACAAUAGUGCUCAAGCAUCCUUGCGAUUGGAAACCAGAUGACACGAUUAUUAUUGCUUCUACAGGAGGUCACAUGUCUCAAAGAGAAACAGAAACAAGAAAAAUCGCUGCCAUAUCGGCUGAUAAACGCACAAUAACUCUAGACGCCCCUCUUACUUAUUCACAUAGAGGGGAAACCCAAACGUUCGAUGGAACUGCUCUAGAAGUGAGAGCCGAAGUAGGUGUUCUGGAUCGUAAUGUUGUCGUAAGAGGAAAUAAUGAUAUUCAAUGGAAUGAUAAAAUUGAAGCAUGCCCUGAUGGAUUCGAUCCAGGAGAGCAUGCCACUCAAACUUGCUUCCAAGGAAGAUUUGGAGAAGAAGUAGGCAGUGAUCAAUUUGGAUCUCAAAUAAUGAUUCAUCAAAAUGAUCUUAACGCUAAUAAAGUUAAAGUCAGGAUGGAGUAUGUGGAAGUAACCUAUUCUGGUCAGGCUUUCCGAUUAGGUAGAUACUCAGUUCAUUUCCACUUAAACGGCGACAUGACAGGCUCAUAUGUAAGAGGUUGCUCUAUUCAUGAUACCUUUAAUAGAGCUAUAAACAUUCACAACACCCACAAUUUAUUGAUUGAACACAACUUGAUAUUCAAUGUGAUGGGAGGAGCAAUGUUUUUAGAAGAUUCUAUUGAACAUGGAAAUAUUUUCCAAUAUAACCUUGCCGUUAAAGUUCGCUCUUCAUCGUCUCUGCUCAACGAUGAUAUCACUCCUGCCGCUUUUUGGAUAACCAAUCCCAAUAAUAUUGUGAGACAUAAUCAUGUAGCUGCUGGAACCCACUUUGGAUUUUGGUACAGAAUGCUUAAGCAUCCUGAUGGGCCUAGUUUCGAUCCAACUAUUUGUCCUCAACAUGUUCCGCUUGGAGAAUUCAAUAAUAACACUGUCCAUUCUGUUGGAUGGUAUGGUUUAUGGGUCUUUGAGGAUUAUUAUCCAACUCUUGAGGGGAAUUGUGGUCCUACAAAGACUCCAAUUAAAGCCAAAUUUACAGGAUUAAAGGCUUGGAAUAAUUUGAGGGGACUUGAAUUUGUUCAUGCAGGAGCUUUGCAAGCCCAUGACGGAAUAUUUGCCAACAACUUAAAGGCAGGCAUUGAGAUUCUUCAUAUCUUUAGACACCAUGGAGAGGUUGAGUUCUUUUCGGAAGAAGGAGCUUUGUUGAAGAACAAUGUUAUAAUCUCACAUUUAGAGCACACGGAUAGAGCUCCCUGCACAAAGAGGGGUUUAGUUCUACCUUUUGGUAGCGGUCUUUUGAUAGAUGGUCUUAAAUUUGUAAAUUUCGAUGGCGAACAAGUUUUUUCUCAUACUUGCUCAGCUAUUGGAACAGUAAAGAUUACCUGCACAUGUACAAAGUUGUGUUCUGGCUAUGACUAUCAAUUUAAGAAUGUAAAAUGGGUCAAUUCUAUUAAGAAAGCGUUUUUCGAAUGGGAACAUCAGGCGGAACUCACUGAUUUAGACGGCUCUUUAACAGGAACGAAUAAUGCAAAAGCAAUUGCAAAAUCAAAUCUGAUGCCCUCAAGUAAAUGUUCAGAUAGCCCCGAAUUUUCCGUAAAUUUUCCCGGACAAAUAUGUACUGAUAUAGAUAUUUUAAAACUGAAUUUGAAUGAAGUACAACCUGUCUCUCUUUUGUAUAAGUCAAUAUACAUUGAAAAUGAGUAUGGAAAUUCUAUCGUUCCUUACGCUUCCGAGAGAGAUAUUUAUAAAAAAGGCUGGAUGAUUUUAAUUCCUGCAGGACACCUUCAUAAAUUUUAUUUUAUUGAUGGUGCACAUAUAAGUAAUUUCACCUAUGAAGCUCAGUUUGAUGGACUAACGAACAAUGCCUAUGCCAUUAUUCAACAUAACUUAACAGAGCCAUCAUUUGACGAAGUCAGUAUUCUAAAAGACCCUGUUGACGGAGUUACUUAUGAUUUGACAAGACAAGUGUCAUACGACACAGAUAAAAAUGGAAUGUUCUAUUGGGAUGAAUCAAAACUAGAAUUAACUUACUUGAUUUCUGAUAAACCAGGCCCAGUUCCUCGUUUUACCAGACAAAUUAAAUUAGUAGCAACUAAUUGUCUCUAUGAAGGAUGUGUGAAUCCUUCUUCGGUCGACAUUCCCUUAGAUACAAAGAGACCUGCGACCGCAGUAUUCUGGAGCGAUCUCAAGAGUUGGGAGAAUAUGCCUACAGGUUAUGCAGGUGGUAAUCAACUCCCACAAACUGGACAAAAAGUUAUAAUACCUAAGGAUAUGUGGAUGGUUGUUGAUGUUGAAGUAAUUGACCUUCUUUGGAUUGAGGUUUACGGCACAUUAGAAUUCGAGUACAAACCUAAAUCUGAUGGAUCUUAUUAUUCAAUUUCUGUUACUACUACUUAUAUUUUUGUAAAAGGUGGUAGACUUAUUGCUGGUUGGCCAAAUGAUCCAUUCCAAGGAAAUCUCAAUUUACAAUUUAGAGGUUCUCAUGAGACUCCGAAAUUCCCUCUCCAAGAGGACGGGCCAACAGCUGGCAACAAAGUUCUAGCAGUUUUCGGAGGUCUGGAUUUGAUUGGUAAAAAUCGAACUGUUUACUGGACAACUCUGAAAUCUCCUGCUGCCGCUGGUGAUAGCAAACUCAUUUUGUCUAGAGCCGUAGAUUGGGUUGUUGGAGAAGAAAUUGUUGUAGCUCCCACAGGCUUUGAUGUAAAACAUACUGAAACAUUCACAAUUACCGGAGUAUCACCAGACCAAACGGAAAUUACACUAAACGGAACUCUUCAAUUUGCUCAUAUAGCAAGUACUGAACAAUAUGGUAGCCAAGUAAUACAAAUUGCCGCUGAAGUUGGUCUUCUGACAAGAAAUAUAAAAAUUAUUGGUCUUGACAAUGGCAAUAUGUUCAAACAAGCUUUUGGAGCAAGAGUUCUUGUUGGUAUUACAAGUGGCAUAAAUGAGUUUGGAGAGAUAGAAGCCCAUAUCGGCUAUGCAAGAUUAAGAAAUGUUGAAUUCGCGUAUACUGGACAAGAAGGAUUUGUGGCUUCUUAUGACCCUAGGCAUUCUCUUUCGUUUGUACAUACGGGAGAUGUUACAGAGAACAAACCUUCAGAAGUUAUUGGCUGCUCGUUUCACAACGGAUUUGCUACCGGAAUCGCUUUAUAUUCAGCAAAUAAAAUGGUAAUUGCAAAUAACUUGAUUCAUCAUGUUGUUCGAGAAGCCAUUCUUGUAGAGGGAAAUAUGAACGAAUUAAUAGAUAACUUAGUUGUUCAAUCUUUGUUCCCUGGUACGUUUAACGAUAGAAGGGAAAGCUCCAAUAUACUUUGGCACGCAGCUAUUGACAUAACUAAAUCGUCUGGAACUAAACUGAUAGGAAAUCAUGUAGCUGGCUCAGAAAGAGCAGGCUUCCACACGCCUGGUCAGCCAUGUGAUACUCCUACGAGUGAAUUGUGGAGAGAUAAUGCUGCUCAUACUACAAUUUUAGGUCUUUACCAAAGUCCCACUACACAAUGUUCCGCUGGCUGCAUCAUAUUUAAUGGUUUUACUUUAUAUAAAUCGAAUGGAUAUGGCGUAUACACUCAAACCAAAUGUUCUGUAACAUUUAAUCGUGUGAAAUUAGCAGAUAAUACAGUUGGAAUACUCACUAUGAUCGUAGGACCCAAGUUGGAUAACCAUGAGUUCAAGGAUUAUAGAACAAAAUAUCAUAAUGGGUUGAUUAUUGGCAAAUCAGCUUCAUUCAACUGUGAAACUGACGUUAGAAAUAAACAAGAUUAUAAUAUAAAAUAUGGCUCAGCAGGUUUAGGUUGGACCAUUGGUGGAGGUUUUGUAGGAGUUUCAUUCCCGUUGAGAACAUCUGGCGGAAAUCUUCAUCCAAAGAUGCCAUUCAAUUUGGCAAAAACAACUCCUGCAUUUUACGGAAUUAUGGAAAUAGAGAAUACUGAAUUCGCAAGAUUCCAAACAAUGUGUAGUAAUCAAAGAGACAGAAUGAUUGCUACAAACCCACGAUCCAUUGAUGUUCAAUGGAUUAUUGAACUUAAACGCUGUUAUAAACAUUAUGUUGAUGAGGACUCCCUUGUACAUUUCCAUAAGCCAACUGGAGCAUCUGCUGAUGAAUGUGUCGAUAUGACCUGUGACGGAAUGAAAAAACCUUUGUUGAGAAUCAUUGACGGAACUAUAACUGAAUCUUCAGGAGUCUUCUUUGCAGAUUCAACAGUUGGGUACAAUACAGACAGAUCUCAAGGUUUAGGAGAUUAUAGAAUACCAAAAACAAUGCUUACAGAAGUAGGCACUGGUAAAAGAAUUCCCCCUGAGGAAAUAAGAUUUGGUGGAUUAGGUAUUAUUAGAGAUAGCACAUGUCAACAAAAAUCAAACGUUCCAGGAUUUUUUUGUCCUUCAAUUGACUAUCAUACUAUGGUUUUCGAAAGUCUGGAUGAAGAUUCUAAAACCAGAAGAAUAGGACCAAUAGCCUUCCAAUCAGAUACUGGCUACUUAGAUAUGAUUAAUGGGCCAAGGGAUGUAGGAAUUUGUGCUGGCUAUGUUUGUAGACAUAGAUCGUCAGCAUUUUGGUCUAUUGUUAAAUUAAAUCAUCAAUAUAACAUCUACCUAACCGGUACAGCUCCACAGAGCCUUAGAUUUCACUUGCCAUACGUCAACUCACAAGAGACUAUAAGAAUAGCUUUCUAUUACGGCUUAAUGCAGAGAUUAGAUAUUUCAGUUGAUGGGGAAUAUAUUCCUCCUAAAAAUAUCAAAGACCCAAAUAAUUAUAAUGAUGGUUAUAUAUCGAGCACUAACCCGAAACAGGACUUUAUGCCAAGUUACUCAGAUCCAUCCGGUACCAACUACUUUGAUUCAGAUGAAAUGAUAAUAUACUUCCUCAUGAAGGGAAAUAAACCCGUCGAGAUAUCCUUAAAACAAGUUGUUAUUAUGCAAUUUGGCGUUCCUCCGAUGUCAGUAGCUGACUUUUAUGGGAAGAAUCUUGUACAGAAUUUGGCCAAUUUCCUUGGUAUUCCUAAAGAAAAAAUUCGUUACGUAAAUGUAAUAUCUGAACUAGCUGCCAGUAGUCGAAAACGACGUAGUCUUCCAAAUCUUAAAGUCAUGAUUCAAAUAGGAGAUCAGCCAGGCUCCAGCACUCUUCAAUGGUCCCAUCUCAAUAAUAUCUACUCUCAAAUUCAAGUUGCAAUUCAAACUGGCGAAUUAAAUGCUGUUGUCGGUAUCCAAUUACAAAACGUUUCACUUAGUCCUGCAGUACCUAGCUCCGACAACCCUGAUUGGCAAACAUAUAUUAAGACAAUAGAGAAUGGAGGAACUCCAACAGCACCUAUUGGUAAACCAGACAAAAUUGUUAUUAACGAAUGCAAUCCAUUACACGAAGGUGCUGAGUUUACAGCAGUUGCAAAAUUAGCAGACAGUGCAGGUUUUCUUGUUACAAAUCUUGGAGGUACUUGGAAAAUGAAAGUGGAAAUCCGUCAUGGCUCAACGGCUAAUGCAAAUACAAAAAUCCUUGGUGAAACAAUUGUUUCAGUCAGCUCGGGCUUCGCGGUAUUUAGAAAUUUAGCAUUCUCACAUUCUGGUGGUCCUUAUUAUUUGGAUUUCUCGGUUGUUGAGCCAAGUAAUUCAAAUAUUGCCAAAGUAUCAUCGAAGGAAAUCAACUUAAUAUCAAGACCAAUAACUUUAAUAUCUAAGAAGAGUGUUACGAGAGUAAUUAAAGCAGAACCAUUCCACUUUAAAAUUGAAUUGAUGGAUUCGGUAACGAAAUCUAGAAUUAGCAAUGUUUCUUGGAAGGGUCAAAAAUGGACUGCUAAAGCUCAAUUAGCUAAUAUUCACAAGUCACAGGCCUGGAGUACAUCAGGGGAAGUAGAAUUCGAUAAUAACGGCUACGCUAUUGUACACAACAUAUUUAAUUCAACUGGCUUUUUCGCUGUAAAAGUUAUGGCUAUCAGCAAUGGAAAUGAACUUGUUAAGGAGGAAUUUGUGAGAGUCUUUGAAAAAACUCAGAAACCCGUUAAAGUAGAUGUAACAAGACGACUUACUCUAAAGUUUAAAAAUGACUUUUCAUCUGUUGCUGAUCAUCUGACAUCAUUUGCAGUAGUGUUAGCAAAUCACGUCAGAAAAAUUAAAGAAGAGGUAGAAUUGAAUAAUUUUGCGUUUAGAGAAGGAAGUAUUUUUGCUAACUUUUCGGUUGGUGGAGAGAAUACAAAUGUUAACGAUGUCAUAGAAACCUUAAAAAAUCAAAUCAAAAAGGGUUUUGCCCUAGAUUUCAAUAGCAAAAAAUUCUCAGCUCACCCAUACUUUUACGUUGAUGGAAAAGUUGUUGAUGAGCUUGAUGGGCAGGAAACAGAAAAAGAGGAAUCUAGUUCCCUUAGUACGGGUGCUAUUGUUGGAAUUGCAGUUGGAUGUGGAAUUGGAGUAUUUAUUAUUGUACUCCUUGUUGUCGUUAUAGUUGUUGUAACUAAGAAUUCUAAAAAAGGUAGCAUAAACAAAGACCGAAUAAAUGACAGUCCCCCACCACCGUAUAUUGGAAAUCAGCCGCCUUCCUUGACGAAAUACGACGAAAUCAAAGUUAUACCUUCAAAAGAAAGACGUGACACGGAUGCUUCAUAUAUUUCUGGAAAAGUGUCGAGUUCCUCUUUAAGUAUAGGAACCUUUGGCCCGGACUCAAGACCUGGAAGCUCCAGAAAUGAAAUCGUAACAAGCUUAACUCCAAAUCCUAGUAGAAGAGCAUCAGCAGCUGCUGUGCCUACAGUAAAUGAAUAAAGUAUUCUAUAUUUUGCCCUGCAGCUAUAAAGAUUUUAACAAGGAACUUAUGAAAAACUUGAAUAUAUAUGAUAAAUAUAAAUUGUUAUGUCGAUAUUAAAUUUGAAAAUCUCUAAAGUUAUUGAACAGAAAAUCAAAUUUUAUUUUUAAAAGAAAACAAUAAGUUAAUUUAACAAUUAAUAUUUUCUCAGUCAAUUGUUUCUGAUUUUUGGUUAAAACCUCACUUGAUAUUUAGAUAAUACAAAUACAGCAUUUACACUAUAAAAAUCUGGUUUUAAUUGUUCUUUUAAGUUACCAAAGAUAUUAAAAUAACAAGAGUUUAUCU